AUGAUCAUUGCAAGACUAGCUUUGGUGUGGUUGUGUAUUUCUUCUUUUAGCACAGCUCAUCCGGGAAUUUAUAGGCGAGCUUAUAGCAGACGCAAAGGUUCUUUCAUUGGUGCUCCGGUAAAAUACAAACGACAAACGGAAGCUACCUAUCAUCCUUACGUGGGAAUAGAUCGAUCACGUUUUGAAGAAGAACUGUAUCCGGAUGAAAGCAGUGACGAAUCAAUGGUCCAUCUUCGCCAAAAGGCUUCAGUGGCCGAAGUUUUCCGCAAUCGUCUCAUGGCAUGUGGUUUGAUAACAACCAAAUCACCGGAACGAUGGAGAGAUCGGUUAGUUGCAGAGUUGGAUGACAUAAUAACGGACAUAGAACACCGAUGUGCUGUUUGCAAGUCUCUGUAUGACGAACCAUGUCGAUAUGAGUUACUGAGAAGCUUGAUCAACCCUUGCCCUGCGUGUUGCAGACAAAAUGCAAAGAAGCGGUUGCUGUUGACUUUACAAAAGGUUCUUGAAAAGUCGUUUGAUAAUGAGAACAUGCCCGAGGAUGGCGAAAGUACGGAUGAACGAAUAUCUGGUGAAAAUGGAACGAAAAGUUCGUUAAAUUGGCAGGUUACUGAUGUUCCAAAGACUAGAAAAACUAGAAGCACAACAGAGUUGCCCAUCGAAAUUACAACAAAUGCAUCCGGCACGCGUGCACCACAUACAAUGACGCAAAAGCAUAAGUUUGGACAUGAUUGGUGGCCACAGCAGACCGAACGCUCAACUGGCUCAACAACGGUUCGAUACAAUGCCACGAAAUUUGGUUCGAAUCUAAAUUUUUCUUCUGCCGCAGAUGCAGACCUGUCCUCAAUGCACGUUAUUAACGGACAAACUGUGAAUAAUGUACACGACUUUUUGCAACAGUACAUGAAUCUAGUAUACGGGGGCCAACCGGGAAAUGAGCAGAGGAGACAGUUUUUUCUUGACCAACUGUGCAGAAACGCCACCAACGGUCGCAUCGUGCUCCAGUGCAAGGACAUUACAGGACACCGGAAAGUACGCUCGCCGGCAGAAACAGUUCCAACUUGGAAUGCUGGUCAAAAUUCCUACACCGCAAGUGACGUUCAAAGAUCGCUUCUUUUUGCUACCACACCCAUGAAUGCGAUUCAACCUGAUCACAUGGGCGGACGUUCUUGUUGGUGUUUUGGAGGAACUAAUCAUCAGCAAUGGCACAGAGGACAUCGUUAAACUUAUUUUGUGACGCAGGCACUGCUAAGCGC